UGCUCAUAAAUAAAUUAAAGUUGAAUAAAAUGAAAUUAACACACGAGAGAUGAGUGUCGUUGGUGUGUGGGGGCAAUUGUAAUUAAAUACUCAAUGAACCGAUGGGAAGUCGUCGUCGUUGGCCAGUAAACAAAAAACAAAAAGCAAAAAAAAAUAUAAUAUUUUUAUUAUUGUUAAUAAUAAGAACAAGAAAAGCAGCCAAACAGGCAGCUGGAGGAGGAUCACUGGGAGCUGGAAGCUGGAAGCUGGAUCGUUGGACAAGGUCAAGUCGGAUUAGCCCCCGUCUCAUUCCGGGCCUGAUAACUGGCAAUCGGUAUAAAGCAUUGGAGCUUCGGCUCAGAAACCAGCACUUGCCGACCAGCACUCCAGUCGAUAGCAUUUCCACAAUCACAUUCCUUUCAAUUUCAAUCGAAAAACCAGAACCAGCACUGCAGGAUGUCUCGUUUCGUCGCCAUUGCCGCCAUUGUCUUCAUCUGCCUGGCCGUUAUCCUGGGAGGACAACAGGCCCAGGGUGCCAUUGCCAGGGUUAAGGCCGCCAAUCCCGAUCAUCCCGGAAAGUGCGUGCUGGGCCCCAAUUCCGUGAUGUCUCCUGGCCAGACCGGCAAGGCUCCCAACCAUCCUUGCGCCGGCGUGGAGUGCCACGGCGAUGGGCAUGCCACCAUCACUACCUGUGCCGCGGUGGCGCCACCCAAGGGCUGCAAGCUCCGUGACUUUGUCAACACGAACCGUGACUUCCCCGCCUGCUGUGAACGCAACUACGAUUGCUCCAAGCACAUCUAAUUGCUGUUAUCGAUAACCUAUCGAUUCAUUUGAUCGUUUUUUUUUUUGUUUUUUUUAUUUAUUGUGUAUACUACAACAUAACAAUUAAAAUGUAAACGCUUAGCAAUACAAUUAAAUAAUUUAAUAGAAUCAUUAACAGAAAAUACAUAUGCAUGUACGCUUGCUCGUGUGGGUUUAGAUUUAGGCUUUAUCUUUAGAUUUAGGUUAGGAUAAUGAGGCAAGGACCUUGGGACCCAUGGAGAUGCGGCUCUCUCUUCCGCAUCUUCCACUCUGCUCGUUGUUCGGCUCGUUCUGACAAUAUUUGUUGUUAACUAACUGAUAUUUAAUCACAUAGAAUAUGUUUAUCGUUUAUCG